AUGGUAGGUAAAGUAGUUUUGUCGGUUAUUUCGGUCAUCCUCGUUGUAGGCGUCGUCAUCGGCGUCGUCGCGGGAGUCCUCAGGUUCGGGUCCAAUGGCGACUCCGGUGAGAAGCUGUCGCCGCAGAUGAAGGCGGUUUCCUCCUUCUGCGCGCCGACCGAUUUCAAGGAGCUCUGCAUGAAGAGCGUGGGCAAGUACGCCGCGAACGCCACCGACGACCCCAAGGAGCUCAUCAAAGCCACGGUGCUCGCCAUUUUCGACGAGAUGAAGGGCUCCUUGAACUUCUCCCAGUCUCUGGCAUCCAGUGCCACCGAAGCCAAGGUCAAGAUGUCGCUGGACGACUGCAAGGACCUGUAUCAGUUCGCCAUCGACGAGCUCCAGGCCGCUUUGUCCUUCGUCGGCGACAGCGAUCUCCACACCAUGAACGACCGUGUCGCCGAGAUGCAGAACUGGCUCAGCGCCGUCGUGUCGUACCAGGAGUCGUGCUUGGACAACAUGGACGACCCGAAGUUCAAGGCCGACUUGCAAAAUAACGUCCUGAACGCGAGUCAGCUCACGAGCAACGCGCUCGCGAUCGCCGAGCAGAUAGACCAAGUCCUCGGGGCCUUCGACGUCAAGCUAAACCUCACUCCCAACUCCCGCAAGCUGCUGAGCACGGACCAGGUGGACGACGGGAAGCUCCAGCCGAACGAGGUGGUGGCCAAGGACGGGAGCGGGCAGUACAAGACGAUCGGGGCGGCGCUCGCAGCGUACCCGGAGGGGCACCAAGGGAGGUACGUGAUCUACGUGAAGGCCGGCGAUGAAUACCUGGAGGUGACCAAGGACCAAGUGAACGUGUUCAUGUACGGAGACGGACCGAGGAAGACCAUCGUGACCGGUCACAGGAACAAUCGUGCUGGCUCUUCCACAUUGCGAAGCGCCAGCUUUGCUGCCGUCGGAAACGGAUUCCUUUGCAAGUCCAUGGGAUUCCAGAACACGGCAGGCUACCAGGGCGGGCAAGCGGUGGCGCUGCGUGUGCAGUCCGACAGGUCCGCCUUCUUCAACUGCCGCGUGGACGGGUACCAAGACACCCUCUACGACCACAGCAAUCGCCAGUUCUACCGCAACUGCAUCAUCUCUGGCACCGUCGACUUCAUCUUUGGCGACUCAACGACCGUCAUCCAGAACUCCCUCAUCUUUGCCCGCAAGCCCGGCCCCGGCCAGGGCAACACCAUAACCGCCCAGGGCCGCAAGUAUAAAGACGAGACCACGGGGCUCGUCAUCCACAACUGCAGGAUUGUCCCUGAGCAGAAGCUCUACCCCGAACGGCUCACCGUCGAGACGUACCUCGGCCGCCCCUGGAAGCAGUACGCCCGGACCGUGUUCAUGGAGUCCACCCUCGGCGACUUAAUCCAGCCCGCCGGAUACCUCUCAUGGGGCCAGGACGAGACGUGCAUCUACGAGGAGUACGGCAGCCGUGGUCCCGGGGCCCGUGCGGACGGCAGGGUCAAGUGGAAGGGCGUCCGGGUCAUUAGCAAGGCGGAGGCCCAGGCCUACACCGUCGGUCCUUUCCUUAAGGGAGAUACCUGGUUGAAGGACCCCGGCUUCCCAUUCAUGCUUGGGUUGAAAAACUAG